UUGAGUCACUUGUGAAAAAUCAGUCAUCGCGAGCAGUUUGACUAAGGAAAACCCGCUGGCACACACAAACCGUAACCACUUAUCAAACAAAAACAAAUAACAGCUGGCCCGCAACGCGAAGCGCGUGUGCAAAAAGAAACGAGAAAACAUACACAACAAAAAAGCACAAGAUAUAAGGGAUACACAAAAAGAGAAGCAGUGGAAAAUUUUGGGCACCAAACACAGCCGAAGCUUUUACGCCAAACGUUAAACGAAAAGUCAAAACUUAAACCCCUUCCAAAAAUCACAACGUGUUCGCCGGUCAAGAUGAGCGGUUCCGUAUUGAGUUUGGCGCGUCCUGCAGCAGCCACAAAUGGCCAUAAUCUGCUGGCCAAGCAGCUGAAUUGCAAUGGCAAUGGCACCACCGAUGGCGCGGCCAAAACCACUGUGGCCUCGGCCAUAACACCGCCCAAGCAGCCCCAGCUGGCGGCCAAGGUCAUCCAGCAGUCGCAGAUCGUCUGUUUCGAUGUGGACUCCACGGUGAUUUGCGAGGAGGGCAUCGACGAACUGGCCGAAUAUUGUGGCAAGGGAAGUGAGGUGGCUCGCGUUACCAAGGAGGCGAUGGGCGGUGCCAUGACCUUCCAGGAUGCCCUCAAAAUCCGCUUGAACAUCAUACGACCGACACAGCAGCAAGUGAGGGAUUUUAUCCAGGAGCGACCCAGUACACUGAGCAAAAACGUGAAACGUUUCUUCAGCCAUUUGAAGGCGGAGGGCAAACAGGUUUACUUGAUCUCCGGCGGAUUCGAUUGCCUAAUUGCGCCCGUGGCCAAUGAAUUGGGUAUUCCCCUGAAAAAUGUCUAUGCCAACAAGAUGCUUUUCGAUUAUCUGGGCGACUAUGAUAGCUUUGAUAUCAACCAGCCCACUUCGCGUUCCGGCGGAAAGGCAGAGGCCAUCGCCCUGAUAAGGAAGGAGAAUAACGACGAUUCCCUAAUCACCAUGAUCGGCGAUGGAGCCACCGAUCUGGAGGCCGUACCGCCAGCCAACUACUUUAUAGGUUUCGGUGGCAAUGUCGUGCGGCCGGAGGUCUAUCGCCGUGCACAGUAUUACGUAACGGACUUUGAGCAGCUGAUGGGGCAGUGAGAUACGUAUAAGUAAGGCGGUGGGGGAGUGGUGAAUUUAGUAUUUGAAAUCAACGUGUUAUAGCUCGUAGUGAUGCACAUGUUUAUGCCCAAGUAUGUGUGUAAUAAUAUAUACGUUAGUUCGUAAUUAAACAAGAAUAAAAAGCGAUAGUAAAAUAAUGGAAAACGAA